UGCACCCCAGAGAUAAGCAUCAAUGUUGCGCACUUCUAAAAAAUGACUUCAGCAUUUCAAUAGCAGUGCAUGCAUUUUCUUUCUUAAAAUUGACUCUUUUUUUCCCCUGGUUCUUUGGAUGUGUGUAUGUGUGUAACUUGGAAUGUGGAGUUAUGUAGCCAUUUCAGAUAAUCCCAGAGGAUUGAACCAAAUAACAUCAACUGCUGGGAACAGCACUGACAAGAAAGACAGCAUCUACACUUUCUGCAUCAACUUUUGAGUUUUCACAGGUCAAAAUGGCGAGCUCCUUCUCUUUUUGUCUUUCCAGUGAUUUUCUGUUUCCUCUGCUCUUGAUAAUGGGAACUCUCGGGGUUGGUACUGAGUGUGGGGCAAUGACUUCUGUCAAACCUCUGGAAGAGAUGGACAAAUAUCUGGCCAAUCCAUCCGAAUGUGUGCUGGACUGCACUACGGGGACCUACAUGAGAAAGCUGCAGGUCCGAGACACUCAGACAAUUCGCUUCAAAGACUCAUCAGCAGGUGACCAAGGAGAAUACUGCUGGUCAACACAGAUUAAGUGUGAGGCUGGAGAACAUUUGGAGCGUGCUUACAUCCUGCUGCCUGUUGAUAAAUCUCAGCUGGAGGAGUCCAUGGGACUGAAGAUGACUCUACCCCCCAUUACAGAUGCACUGUGGCCUCACCGCCAACAAUCACUACUCCCCAACAACUGUGGCCUUCAAUUUGACAUCACGUCCCAUUUUACCACAGGACCGAGGGAGCCAAAGCUUUGUGUCAAGGUCAAUUUCCAGAAGAGCAUUGUGGGAAAUGGAGUCCUCAGAUGUCCCCCUUUCAUGGUGACAAUGUGGCAGAAAAAGCAGAAUCACUCACCGACAAAUCAAGAAAGAGGGUGAAUGGACAUGAGAUCAUUUGACUACCAUCCAAAAUACUGGUUGGUAACACGCUUGGUGUGCCAUUGCCUAUCAAGUUACUUAAAAAUAUGUUCACAGAGUUGUUAACUGAUCAUUCCUAUCUAUCUAGUCAGCAGUAUAUUGUAUUUUACAUGUAUUUUACCCUCUUGCACAAAGACUGUGGGCUAAGACCGUGAGGUU